CAGACUCCACACGGCGCCGUUUCACGUGGAUCUAUCAGACCCAUCGCAGUCGUCAUGUCUUCCAGCGAGCAAGCAAAACGCGAUUUCCCCUACACCUUCACCGUUAUACCAGAGACCCUUCAGAGUCCGUUCAAGGAGCAGUUCCCGGCCUACUACGAAGGUCUCGUUGAAAGCAACCCCGGUAAUUUUGUCUACCACCCGCUCUACGGCGCCAAUGCUCGCAAGUUUUACGACUUCCCCAUUCGCAAAGAUGACGUCUGGAUCCGCACUUUCCCCCGAUCAGGAACGACGUGGACUUCUGAAUUGGCUUGGCUCAUCAUGAACGACUGCAACUUCGAGGAGGCCAAUAAAGUUCCAUUGACUGUUCGUUCGCCCAACAUCGACACAUGUUACGCCACCAACUGGGAAGCUAAAGCAACAGCUGAAUUGAAAGAUGCCCUGCCAACGUUGGAUAAAAUGGAUUUUUUGAAAUCACCGCGAACGCUAAAGAGCCAUUUGCCCGCCUACUUGUUGCCCCCCGGUCUUUUGGACACUUGCAAGGUCAUUUACGUUGCUCGCAAUCCAAAAGACGCCAUCGUUUCAUUCUACUAUUUCCACAAACUGGUCAAAUUCUUCGAAUUCAACGGAACUCUGGAAGAAUUCGCCGAAUACUUUAUGCAAAACAAGCUUGUUUGGACACCUUAUUUCCCCACUGUUCUCGACGCAUGGGCCAACAAAAAUCAUCCAAAUAUGCUUUUCCUCUUUUAUGAAGACAUGAAAAAGGACAUCAGGAAAGAAAUCAAGAAAAUUGCCUCCUUCUUGAACAAAACUCUGACACCAGAGCAAAUCGAGAAAUUGGUCGAUCACGUCAAGGUGGACAACUUUUCAAAGAAUGAAUCAGUCAACAUGACGAUGGAAGUCAAAUCUGGUUUUACCAACGAAGGCCACUCCUUCGUUCGCAAAGGCAAAACGGGAGACUGGAAAAAUCAUUUCAGCCCGGAGCUGAACAGCCGGAUCGACGCGUGGAUCGAAAAGAAUUUGGCUGGAACCGAUUUGAAAUUCGUCACCGAACUCGAUCAACAAGAUUAAAAACAAAACAACAGAUUGAAUACAUCUUCCAUCCCCCCCUCUAUCCUCAAAGGAUUUUUAAACCAACCAAUACAUUUUUUUUUUUCAA